ACCACAUGUCACAUGGGCUAAAACGUCCCAUGCUCAUUCGUGUGUUUGAUUGUUGCAUUUUGGUGAGGGAAGAGAGAGGACACAACCUUUGCGUCUCAAACAAGUUUCAGGCCAGAGUGCUCAUUCUUGACUCUUCCGCUCCCCGCAGUCCCAAGACCUGGGUCAUGUUGCGUCCGGCGGUCCUCGGCCUCCUCCUGGCCUGUGUGGUGUCUCUAAGCAGAUCGGCUGUUAUCCUAGAAAACGGCAUGCCCAUCCUUUGGGCACAAACAGCCAGUGAAGUGAGUGAAUUGCCAUCGCAAAAUGGGAUUGUGUCUCCUGAUCCCUGGAAUUUCCUCAACCGCCAAAGUUUUUACCGCCUGCUGAUAGCUGUUACAGAUCCAUACCUGGGAUCAAUGGGGACAGGCCCCACUGACGGUCCACUCUGGGGGCUGCCGCUCCAGCUUGGAUGGAUGUUAACUUCAGGACGUCUUGUUGACCCAACUGGAACAACAACCUGCGGCCUGCAAACAGGGGAUCCUAUGUGCAUUUCCACUCAGAGCUGGUGGGGCUGUGUGAACUACUUCACUUCUACAUUUCCCUUCUUGUCUGCUGCACAACAGGGCUUCUUUGGACCAGAUAUUCAGGUCCAGCUGCAGGUGCCCGAAGGUGUAGAGGACUUUUGCACAACCUACUCUGACUGUUUAACUCGGUACCCUGAUGCCAUGUCAAAGUGGGAUGUCUUUUUUCAGGCUGUCAAGACUUAUGCUGAAUCUACUCUGCCUGAAAAUGAGAAGAAGGAUUCACUCCUUGGUAUGUACUGGCAGGCUCAAAUGGCUUCAACAUAUGCUUCUGCAGCCUGCAAUGCCAGGCAGAGCCAUUAUUCCUCUGAGGAGGUAUCAUUUGCCAACAACUGGUUGAACUCAGCAGAGUAUGUAUCUGCAGCUCAUUUCCAGGCCAGCUUGGAGAAAUCUGCCAUGUUUAUGACACCUCUGCCGAGUCGAAUUUUAAAGGAAGGUGAUAAGGCACCAAACAUUGCUGAUCUGAGUCAGGAGGAGAACCACUCACUGUCCAUCUUCACUUGGAUGAGAAACAUCGACAGGUUUCUUGGUGGCUCGCUGCUGCGUCUGUGGAAAAGGGCCAUGUGUUCAGUGACAUCAAGAGAGAAAGGCAAAGACUUGCUGGAGCAGCUGUUACUCAACAAGAGCUUUGCUACAAGCACCUUCCUGAGCAUCAUCACUGGAAUGACAACAAGCUGCUGAGACAAACACAGCCAAGAAAUCUGAGAGAAAGCAACUCCUUCAAUGGUGAUACACUUUCUCACCACAGGUCAGCACAGUCAUCACCUGGAGGGUGGGAAUGAACAGGCAGUUCCAGAUUACUGUAUCCACAUGUCUUUGUUCUUGUCACAUUCGUGUGCACAUGUGUCUUAAUAAACCAUCAUGAAACCCUCA